AUCGGCUGUGUCUUCGGCAGUCGAGUCGGAGGGCGGCAAAGUCACAAUAAAAUGAUGUCCGCGGGGCACCCCUCCAUUUCAUUUCGAUAUACCCCUCCUUGAUUUGGUUCUUGCAGGGUCUUCUACCCCGUGUCUUCCUUCUCCUCGACUCAAUUGCUGCAUUGACAUUGACAUCGACCCGUGUCGCAUCCCCAACUCCUUCAAGAUGGCGACUCCCGGCUUGCUCUACGUGACGAUGCACCCGCGUCCUUCCCUCCCCGCCGCCCAAUUCCACGAUUGGUACAAUACGGAACAUGGGCCCUUGCGCCUGCGCUUGCCUUUCGUCACCAACGGCUUUCGCUACCGUGCUGUUGAUGGCGAGGAGCCGGAGUGGGUGGCUUGGUAUGACAUUACGGACAUGGAUGAGUUGACGCGCGAGACCUAUCUGGCUCUCCGGGGAGACGGUAUCAAGACUCCGAGGGAGAAGGCGACUAUGGCCCAAAUUGCCGUCGAUCGCCGCCUCUACGACUUCCUGGGUGAACAAAAAGCCGCCGAUUACACUCCGCUCGAGGACCAGCCUGAUACCACUGCGGCCGGCUCGGUGCUUGUCGCUGUCUCCACCACUCUCGUCGCCGACGCUGCCAAAGAAGAAGACUACAACCGUUGGUACACCGAAGAACACAUCCCUAUGCUCUCGCGGGUUCCCGGCUGGCGCUGCUCCCGCCGCUUCGUGACAGCUGCCAUCGACCCCAAUGCCCCUCGCGAAUACUUGACCCUCCACGAAUACAAGGCCGCCAACGGCCUGGGUGGUCCGGAGCACAAGGCUGCUAUGGAUACCCCUUGGCGCACUCGCAUUGUGAACGACACGAUCACCGGCCAUCGCCGUCGAGUCUUCGAGUGGGCUUAUACCUUCGGUCCUGCUCCCCGCGAGCUGUCUUCCCUUGCCUCCAAGGACGUUGCUGGACCGUGGUCAUCGAACGACGGCCGCACCCGUACUUUCCCCUCUCCCACGCGCCCCGCUGUCGAGUCAUUUGUUACCACCCCCGACGGUGUCGAUCUCCCCUACCGAUUGGAAGGCAGCACUGACCCUCACAGCCCAGUCAUCGUCCUAAGUAACUCCAUUCUGGUUGAUUACGCUAUCUGGGAUGAUUUCGUCAACGCCUUCCUCGCGGAUCCCCGCAAUCAGGGCUUCCGUAUCUUGCGUUACUCCACCCGUGGUCGUCUGCAGGCGUGCGGCGAGCAGCCGAUCAAUAUUAACGUCCUCGCCUCGGAUAUCAUUGCCCUGCUAGACGCCUUGCGCAUUCCCCAAGCCACCCUGAUCGGUGUCAGCAUGGGAGGUGUAACAGUGCUCAACACCGCGCUACGCUAUCCUACCCGCGUGACGCGGUUCAUCGCCUGCGACACCAACAGCUCCAGCCCAGAGUCCAACCGCAAGGCAUGGAACGAUCGCGUGGCAAUGGCCGAGCGUGAGGGUGCCGUCUCUGCUACCACUCAGCAGACGAUUGUCGGUGAGGAGCUUGCCGAGGUCACCGUUCGUCGGUGGUUCGUGCCCGAGUCCUACGAGACCCAGCCUCAUCUCCCCGCCCAGGUGAAGGAGCUGGUGCGCACCAACAGCCUCGAAGGCUUCCGCAAGAGCGUACAGGCUCUGUGCGCAUAUGAUGUCCGGGAACAGAUGGCGCAGGCGCAAGUUCCGGGUCUCUUUGUCGCUGGCGAGGGCGAUGGUGUCCUUCCUAAGACCAUGCAGCAGAUGGCAGCCGACCUGAAGGGUGAUGCUGAGCUCAAGCUUAUUCCCAAAGCUGGACAUUUGCCCAUGGUCGAGAACGCCCCUGCUUUUACCCAAGUAGUUAAUGAAUUCCUUCACAAGUAG